AUGCUAGUAGCCUGCCGCUUUAAUUUUGCAUCAUUGGUAACAGUCUCCCUGCUCUUGCUAUCAAGGAUAUUCACUGUCUCUACUGAAAGUGUAAAGACUACGAAUGAAGGUGGCACUUCAGGAAAUGCAAACGCUGUGGGUCGAAGACCGAUUCAGCUGACCUCGCGAGACUUUUCAAAAUAUACUGGAGAUGGCAAUGUAUGGCUGAUCGAAUUCUACACACCGUGGUGCACCCAUUGUCAAGAGUUUUCCAAACCAUAUGCAAAUAUAGCGUCGGCUUUUCAUUCUUCUCCUGAGGAAAAGAUUCGGGUCGGAAAGGUUGAUUGUAGCGAAGAAAAGUCUCUCAUGAAUCGAUUCCAUGUCACUGGUUUUCCGACAUUGUUUGUGGUGGAUGGAUAUUCAGUCUAUGAAUUCAAUGGGAAGCGAAGUGAAGCAAACCUGAUGAACUUUGUUCGUGGCGGAUACAAGAAAGAAGAGGCUAUUCCGUUCAUCGUAUCACCUAUGGGGCCGAUGGGUCAGCUACAGCAGCUUCUAGUUCAUUUGGGGCACAUGUUUGUAGAUACUUUCAGAUGGGUACAAUCUCUCAGUGGAAUGUCACCGAUCAUGACUGGCAUGAUAGUGUGCACAUUCGGAGUAUUUUGGGGGAUGGCUGGCAUAAUACUCCUGACAAUUUUGACAAAGCCUAAACUUGACUAG